AUGGGCCGCAACGAGCCCUUCUGGCGAUCUAAUACGAGCUUCUCCCCCCCUUCGUCGGGCACAUGGGAACAGAGAUUCCCGGCCGAGGGUCUGUCCAACGAGUCUCGCGGCGGCGGCGGGAUCGCGCUGUCGUCCCUAUCUUCCACCAGCAAGGGGAGCAGGAGCUGGCGCAGAGGCGAUCAGCUGCCCCCCCACAACUACUCUUCUUCUGAUGGCGCCAUGUCGUAUCUCAGCAGUCCUUCUGAUAACUUUCUGGCGCAGCAGGUGGUGCCCUCUCUGGUCAGAGGCCUCCAUGCCAAUGAGUACGUUUCCACUGCGAUGAGAGGUGAGAUUCCCUUCGCACACAAAAGUCCUUAUGAGGUUCUAGCUCUUUGUUUAAUGCGGUUCCUUAAGCUCUCUUCCCUUUCCUUUUUUUUUUUUUUUCUUCUCUCUGGAGCUGAUUAAUUUCUGUUUCACGUGGAAUAAUAAUAAUAAUAAUAAUAAUAAUAAUAAUAAUAAUAAUCAACACCUGCAGUAUCUGCGCUUUUAGUUGGUUUUGUGCCUUCGUUGAUUCUCCUUCUGAAUAAUAAUAAUAAUAAUAAUUAUCAUUAUUGUUAUGAUUAUUAGGGUAUGAGAUCAUUAAAAGCGGUUGUAAUGCACUUUGGAUGUGCUGCCCAGCUCCAGGUCUUCCAUUCUAUCUGUCUUUUGGUUUUAAGGCCUUCUUUACCUCUGAACAAAUUCAUUCAAGGUAGGACUUGACCUUGCAUCCGGGGUCUGUCUAAGGGAAUCGCAUGAGAAUUGGCCGUCAGUUUCUGUAUGGGCGGCGCAAUAGCACCACGGGAAGAAUGCUCCCUCCCUGAUUUCAUGGCCUUGAUCAUAACUAGGACUGCCACAUGCAUGCCUCAUCACUGUACCUCAGGCACAUUCUAUUCUUCAGUCAGGCUCAGAUUGCCCUUCCCCACAUCCCUAGAGAAGAUUAGAGAAGAUUAGAGAAGAUUAGAGAAGAUUAGAGAAGAUUAGAGAAGAUUAGAGAAGAUUAGAGAAGAUUAGAGAAGAUUAGAGAAGAUGUAGGGACGAUCCUUUCACAUUUGAAGAAUAUAUAUCCUGAAAACAGUGUGAUCUGCUUGUGUUGCCCCCCUCCCCCAGGAAGCACCUUGCCGCUUUGAACUGCAAUCUGUUUCAUCUAAGCUGCUGUGGUCUCAUGAGCCCGUUUCUUCGGGGGAAGGCCGGUAAGGUUGCUCUGCUCCCCCACUCCCCUCUCCAGGCGUCCCAUAUCAAUAGAGACAGCCAGAUCUGUCCUCGGGGACCUCUAGAAAAUGGACUGCCCGUCUCAUCGGAGAGAGAUGUAGAGUGAGGGGUUGGUUAGGAGAUGAAGAGGGCCCCCAAGAAGGAGUGGGUGAUGGUGCAGGAUAGAGCGGUUGCCUGUUUCUUUAGCAGCCCGGAUUCAUUGGAACAGCGGGCAGAGGUAAAACCUGAUUUCUUUAGUAGGUGGAAUAAUUAACCUUUAAUCUAUAUAUAUAGCCUAUUGUGGGCCAUAGCUUGGUGGGCAAGGUCAGUAAGGUCCAUUUACUAAAGGAGAUGGGCCGAUUAUCCUCUAAUCAGACGUGUUGUGAGCCAAGGUUCAGUGGCCAAUCAGAAAAACCCUUCCUUUUUUAUCGGGCCGAACCUGCCAAACUAUGCUCAGAGCCCCUGUGCAGCUGGACCCAGUGGCCGAACGUGGAAACCUUCGUCUUUCCAAUGGGUUGGCUCCAUUGACCAUUAUUUAGGGCCAUCGUUCGGUAAAUGCCCGCAUUUAGUUGCCCUGUUAUGCGAUCCAGAGUUCGGAAAGCAAGGAUCAAAGCCCAUUUCGUAAGUGGACCGAACCAACCUUUGACCUUCUGAUGAGCUUUGUUGAUAGCGAAGGGCACUUCUUAGACAGGUGGUAUAAGCCCACUGACUGGUCUUCAGGCGGGCCUAUGACGAGCUGGAAGCUCAUUUUGCAAGUGAAUUGAAUCUGUCAACCUUUAUAAGAGUUUAUUGUGCAUGCACCACAACUCAGUGGUCAACUGUGAAAAAGCCCAUUAGCUUAUAAAAUGAGCCUAUUAUUUUCCAUCAGGCCCUUUUCUUCAAUUCCCCCUGAUCUACUAAAUUGGGUAUUUCUCUGAUGACUCACCCGUCUAUUUUCCACUGGGCAAAUCUCUGGUGAACUCUCUACCCUUCGGUGGAGAAACUCGCCAUUCAUUUUAUAAAGAAUGAACGUCAUGAUGUGCGGUUAUGUCCCGUGGGAUUUCUGCGGCGAUGACAUCUCUCAUGAAGCACCUUGUGGGUUUCUGGUUCUUGCUCUGGAGCACCGUUCUGCUCAUCAUUUUCUGUUGAUGACGGCGAUACUCUCUGUCGGCUGAGUUUAGUCUUCUCUUUUCUGAUGGCAGGACUGUCUUCUGGGCCUCAGCCAUUCCCGCAGCCAUCAGAGGUACAUCCCGAUUGACGCAGUCUCCUGUGGUGUCUGGGUCUUGGGUCUGUCAGAUGAUGAGCAAAUAAUAUGGGCGGCCCUUUCCUUUGUUCUUUUGCCUGGCCUCAGGGGACCUCACGAGCGGCCAUUGGCGCUGGAUCCGCUUCCUGUUCGGACGGCAGCGAAUACGAGGCCACAUGCAAGAUCCAUCUUUAUCCCCAGCGCAACUUCUCUGCUCGUUGCUCUUUUAAGUCCAAGCUGGUCCACCCCGUCUCCUUCCCCGAGCGAGCACCCGAAGGGGAGGAAGCCCCUGGACCCUCUGCCAGCGGAGCUCCGGCUGCCGAGCCCCAGCCGUUCCCCAGGUUCACAGAUUCGGCCAACCCGGAAAGAGACGCUCUGCAGUGGAGCAGCGGCAGCAGCAUCGACUUCACCGAUGUUUCGGACCAGAUGGAGCCCGACUCAAUGGGGCAUUUGCUCGGCAGCAGUAGCGCCCGCGCCAAUGAUGCUGGUCACAGGUGCGGGCUAUGCGAGAGGCUUCUGUCUCAGAGAUCACCUUGGAGCUCUAGCCACAUCGUCCAGGGCAGAGACAUGCCGGUGACCGGCGUCCUGUCAUGCCGCCACGCAUUCCACGCUGAGUGCCUGGAGAGGACCACUCCGAGGGGCUGUUCACAGGACCCGGCGUGUCCGCUGUGCGACAGAGCUGAGGAGGGCGCCGCCCGGGAGCAGCGGGCGAUCGGUAGGGUGAGAAUCGGCGGAGUCUCGAGGCUGAGGUCCCUCGGGGAGGAAGGCCCGUCGAGGCCGUGGAGGUGCGUGCAGGCGGGGGACUGCGUCGAAGGGGCUCUGCAGGCGGCCCCAGGGAGCAGAAGCGCCACCCUCUUGCUCACCCGAGGCUCGUUGAAGGGGCCUCGCAAGGAGCUGGCGGAGAAGACGGCUAGAAGCGGAGCGCGCUCUUCUCGUGGUUUCUCCGACAGGAGGCUUGAAGAACAGGGCCCCGGCAGAUGCUCCGCAGCUUCUCCGGCGUCGCCACCGUUGAAAAGAUGGUGA